AUGUCGCAUCUUGGUUAUUAUUUGCUCGCAUUGUUAUUUUGCGGUAUUUUCCACGAAGCAGGACACGCUGUGGCAGCAUUCGGUGAAAGAGUGCCAAUUCAAAGUGCAGGCAUCUUUAUUUAUUACAUCUAUCCGGGUGCUUUUGUCAAUGUUCCUGAUCAACCACUGCAGAUGUUGAGUCCUUUCCGUCAACUCAAGAUUAUAUGUGCCGGCGUGUGGCACAAUAUCGUGCUGUAUGGAUGCACCCUUUUGCUUUUGGCCGGCGGAUUGAAAUCUUUGUUUCUACUUUUCGGGUGGCAAUCUCUUGAAGCCGGGCUCGGGGGUGUCAGUGUGGUCAGUGUGCGAAGCAAUUCACCACUAGCGCCACACCUUGCUACUUCUUCUGUUAUUUAUCAGCUGAAUGAUUUCAGUCUGGAGCAGAACAUUGCCGACUGGAAUGCCUAUCUGCUGGAACCCUCCGGUCGACAGCCCAUUGUUCAAGGCUUUUGUGCAGAUUCUGUGAUGGAUUCUUCGGAUUCUUCUCUUGAUUGUUGCAAAAUCUCGGAUGGUUUUCCGUUUGGACAGUCAUCCAAUGCAUCGGUCUCAUGCUUUCAAGAUAUCCAUUCUAGCACAGUGUACAAGAAACCAGAAUAUAUGGGUUGUCUCCCUACGAUUCAAGUACUUGCGUCGCCCGGUGUCCGUCGGUGCGAAUCAGAUACCGAUUGCCAAAAUGAAAGUGGCAAGCGAUGUGUCACUCCCUACACACCUUCUGUAAAAGGUCAGUUGGUCCGUGUGUAUGCUCGAUUACCCGAAUGGGAAAAGACGGAAGCCGAUCAGCAAGAUAAGGUAUUCGUCUUUGAAGGCGAAUUGGUGGAUAUCUGGGAAAGUGUCAAGGUUGGUAUCUUGGUGCCCAGAUUUUGGUUUUUGCCUGUCAGUUUACCCCAUAUUUCCGAGUUACUUAUAAGGUACAGAAUCCGUGCGAUAGACAGCUGUGUUUCUUUUUUGGCUGAAAUACAACCUGUAUAG